UUUUAAAUCAAUCUUUGUCCAAAGUCCAGUGAGUUCCAAGACUAGAGCUCACCAGCAGAGAGCGGAUUCCUGAGUGAACAGAGUGGCACCUCUUCCUCCCAGGCCCGGAAAUGGCCUCCACCUUCAACCCCCGAGAAUGUAAGCUAUUUAAACAAGAAGGACAAAGCUAUGGCUUCUUCCUGCGAAUUGAGAAGGACACUGAUGGCCACCUGGUCCGGGUGGUUGAGAAGGGUAGCCCAGCAGAGAAGGCAGGUCUCCAGGAUGGAGACAGAGUUCUUAGGAUCAAUGGUGUCUUUGUGGACAAGGAAGAGCAUAUGCAGGUUGUGGAUCUGGUCAGAAAGAGUGGGAAUUCAGUGACUUUACUAGUUCUGGAUGGGGAUUCCUAUGAGAAAGCCAUGAGAAAACGAGUAGACUUGAAAGAGGUGGGUCAAAGUCAGAAGGAACCGAGUCUGAAUGAUAAGAAACUGCCCCCUGUCAUGAAUGGAGGAGCGCAGACUUGGACCCAGCCACGGCUCUGCUACCUAGUGAAGGAGGGGAGCAGCUAUGGCUUCUCUCUGAAAACUAUCCAAGGCAAAAAGGGCGUGUACAUGACUGACCUAACACCUCAAGGUGUGGCUAGGAAAGCUGGGGUCCUGGUUGAUGAUCACCUGAUCGAAGUGAAUGGAGAGAAUGUGGAAAAUGCCAGCCAUGUGGAGGUGGUUGCAAAGGUGAAGAAGUCUGGCAGUUGUGUAGUGUUCCUGCUGGUAGACAAGGAAACUGACAAGCACCAUAGUGAACAGAAGAUAAAAUUCAAGAGAGAAACAGCCAGCUUCAAACUGCUACCACACCAGCCUCGGAUUGUGGAGAUGAAGAGGGGAAGCAAUGGCUAUGGUUUCUACCUGAGGACAGGCCCAGAACAGCAAGGUCAAAUCGUCAAGGACAUAGAUUCUGGAAGUCCAGCAGAGGAGGCUGGCUUGAAGAACAAUGACCUGGUAGUUGCUGUCAAUGGCGAGUCUGUGGAAUCCCUUGAUCAUGACAGUGUGGUGGAAAUGAUUAGAAAGGGUGGAGAUCAGACUUCACUACUGGUGGUAGAUAAAGAGGCUGACAACAUAUAUAGACUGGCUCAAUUUUCUCCAUUUUUCUACUACCAAAGUCAAGAGCUACCUAAUGGUUCUAUCAAGGAGGCUCUGGCUCCUACUCCGGCCCCUCUGGAGGUCUCAAGUCCAGAUGCUACAGAGGAAGAAGGAGAGAAGCCUAAACUCUGCAGGCUGGUUAAAGGUGAAAAUGGCUAUGGUUUUCACCUAAAUGCGAUUCGGGGUCAGCCAGGCCCAUUCAUCAAAGAGGUACAGAAGGGUGGCCCGGCUGACCUGGCUGGACUGGAGGAUGAGGAUAUCAUCAUCGAGGUGAAUGGCGUGAAUGUGCUGGAUGAACCCUAUGACAAGGUGGUGGACAGAAUCCAGAGCAGUGGGAAGAAUGUCACACUCUUAGUCUGUGGAAAGAAUGCCUAUAAUUAUUUCCAGGCUAAGAAAAUCCCUAUUGUGUCCUCUAUGGCUGAUCCACUGGCUGCCUCUGCUGAAUCCAAAGAAGGAAUGCUGGGGGAAUCAGAGCACGACUCACACAUGGCAAAAGAACGAGCCCACAGUACAGCGUCUCAUUCUUCUUCCAAUUCUGAAGAUACAGAGAUGUGACGAGAAUAAAUAAUGGCUUUGGCUGAGAGCUGUUUCUGGGUAUUUAACAGGAAUCCUUUCCUAAGGAAUGAGCUGCCACCCAUUUUCUGUCUCUGCUAAAGAACU